AUGCAAACGUCUACAUCCCCGGUCGUUGACCAAUCUUCCCCAUGUCAAACCCCCGUCCAGGGGCAAGAUGUGUUCUGCAACAGUCCUCUGAGCACCCUUCGAUCUGCCGAUUCAUCUUCUUCUGCAGCCCUAACCAGUGUUGAUAAGAGCUUGUUUCGUUCACCGUCUUUGCCCACAGCAGCCUCUACACGAAGACAAACUUGGCCUGAGCCAGCUUCUCCGACAAGGCAGUCUCCGCUGCGGAAGUCUACGGUCCCAGGAGACAUACAAAGUUCGGACGAGGAGGUGUUUCCAGUUCCGGGCUCACCGUCUACGCUCGGUCAUCUACGCAGAAAUAGGGCUGCCAUGUCUUUGACGGGUGACAGAAGGGGCAGAGAAUCACUGGACAGAUCUCAGGCUCGGCCUGGCGCUUGGUGCAUGAGACGACAUAACAGGGUCGUUGAAGAGAGUCCAGCAGAAGAUCAAACGGCAUCAUCUGAAUCCACACCUACCAAAUCACGCAGCUCUCCCACUGUUGCCGCCCUAUCACCCGCAGCCAACAUUGCUCGGCCAAAGCUCACUUCGCCUACUUCAGCAUCCCGGUUCUCCCUAUUCAACAUGGCCUCGACCUUGAAGGGUCUAGCAUCCGCUCCAGUCUCGGUGCUCCAGGACGACGAGCUCAUGAAUAUGGACAUUGACGCAGCUCUAUUUCCCGGCGGUUCACCGUCCGACGGCGAAUCCUUCUCACCCGCCGCUUUCAAGAAUUUACAAAUGAACGCCUUCGGUCUACUACGAAAAUUCCAGACAGCCUACCAACACAAGGCCAUGGCAUUGCAGGAACUCCAUGCCGAGAAGGAUGCCCAAGAAGAGGAGAAAAUCGAAGCCGAGACUCGAGCUACUCAUCUGAAGAUGCAGUUGGAAGGCAUGGCACAAAAAGCCGCAGAGACAGAAGCCAUGAUGCAAGCUCUGCUGGAGGAACUCGGUCGCGAAAAAAGACUUCGCGCAGAAGAAAAAUGCACCAGAGAAGGCGGCAUCUUAUCUUCAGGCAUGUCAACCAUAUCCGAGGAUCUCGGUGUGGAAGACGACCAAAGGAAGAAAUACCGCCGUCGAAGUGGCGGAACUACCAAAUCUGACGAAGCGGGCUUCGACACUGACGAUGAAAGUGUAGAUGAAGUCAGUGUAUUUUCGAGGUCGCGCAGUCCCACGCUGCCAGCUAGUAUGUCCGACUCGCACGUCGUCUAUGUCGACAACGGCAACCACAGCUCAAUACCGCCGAUACCGAAACCCACCAUGCUGGAGCCGCCUCGUGCCACACGCCAAUCCCAACCCCAAAUGUCCACCUUUCAAAAGCUAUUCAAAGGCAUUUCUGGUGAUCCUGGCAGGGAUGGUGAGCGAGCUAUUGUCCAAGCUUGUCAGAAUUGUCAGGGCCAAGAUGCCGGCAUAGCUUGGGAUACGGCUAGUUUGCUAAGGCACGAGAAUACGGGUUUGAAGAAAAGAAUCGGGGAGCUAGAGAAUGCAGUUGACGAGGCACUUGAUGCCGUCAUGGGCCUACGGGUGUAA